GUUCGGUGAAAUAGUCCGAACCCUUCGAGAGAAUUUGUACUCAAAGAGAGGUUUGAAAUACGUGAGAGCUUAAACGAUAUAUUGUAAUAUAAUGCUUGAGAAGAAUAAACGAAGACUUCGGUCUGUCUCUUAUAAUUUGAUCAGCAGACGAACCAGACGUGUUUUAAAAAACUUAUAAACUAAAGAAACCCAAAAGUCAUAUAUAUCAAGUGGCGACGAGGGAAAAUGAACGUAUUAGAUAGCUAAAAGUGAUUCAUAGUGACAAUUCAAAAUACAUAAAAGAAUAAAAUUAUUUCCUCGCAGCAAUUAUUGAAGCGUGCUUAUUUGACAGUGCAGUGUAGAUUGACCUGUUUGAACUAUAGUUAGCUGUACUGACAACAGUUAAAUUAAAUAGCAAGCGACAAGAUCUACAUAAAAAACGAAACUGUAUUAAAAAGUUUAAAAACGGGAGGAAAAAAAUAAUUGAGUUUUAGCACGUGGUGUGCGAAUAGUGAAACACGGCCAUCGCAAAUCGCAUUGUUCCGCUUAGUCCGCCAUGUUAAGGGCGCAGUAGUGGCAUUGGAUGAAAAUUUAGUACAAAUUCGGCCGAGAGAGUUAAAUCUAUUGGUAGGUGAGUGAGAAUAGUGAAGUCAGCAACAAAGCUAAGUCACAACAUUAGAUAAAGUGUUCUAGAGAUUCUGUAAAACUUAAGUGAGAGAGAAAAUUGGAUUGUGAUCGUUGAAUAACCAUCGAAGAAGCGAAUAGUGAGAGCAGUAUAGACUGAGACUGACAGAUAAAUUGAGUGUGAGAAUAUUACCAGCAGUGAGCAAUUGAGCAUAUGAAGUAGCAUUGGCUGAGCGUAAAGUGGGUGAGCAGAAACAAGGGCGAUCAUCGGUGAGACGAUCGUCGGAGAGAAAACACCAAUAUAGAUAAUCUACAGAGAAAGCGGUGAGACGUGAGAUUCAUACGGUGAGGACAUCGAUGGUGAAUCGUACGUCGGAGAGAGAGAGAGAAACGUUGACUACACACGCUACAGUGAAAGGCGACAAGCAAGCAUAACAAAGUACACAGUAAGCUACAUCAAGCCAAGUAAGUCAUUUCUGUUUGUGUGACAUUUUCUUUUGUUUGGUAUAUUUCUUCCUUCAGAAUGUCUGCAAUGAUUGGUAGCGUGGAUCAUUAUGUGCGUGGCAGUAGUUUUGCCAGUUAUAUGAAAAGAAUGAAUAUCCUUUUUCAGCUAAACAAUAUCCCAGAAAACAACAAGAAAAACUUUUUCAUUGCCCUUAGUGGGUCUGUAAUAUUUGAUGAAAUAGAACUUAUUUACCCUGGAAUAGAUAUUGCAAAUAUUGAUUAUAAUGAUAUGAUUAACAAGCUAAAAGAGAGAUUGGACAAAGUGCAACCCAACAUGAUGCAUCGGCAUAAGUUUCAUGCUCGUGUGCAGGGAGUGGAUGAGCCUGCAGAAAAUUAUGUCUUGGCAUUGAAAUUGCUAGCUAGUCAUUGCGGUUUUGGUACUCACAAAGAUGAAGCUAUUAAGGACAAAAUAGUAUUCGGCCUAAGAGAUCAGGAUUUAAAACAUAAAUUGUUGAUGAAAGAUGACAUGAGUUUGGAUGAGGUCGAACAGAUGGUGGUUCGAACUGAAUUAGCUAAAUGCCGUGCAAAAGAACUAGCAGAGCGUAAUGAAGAUCCUAGGGAAAUUAAUUCGGUAAAAUACAGAAUAGGUAAUCAAUCACAAUGGAAUGGUGUGAAUACGGAAAGAGAAGGUAGACCCAGUACAAGAGGAUACGGUGGGCGUUUUCGUUAUAGAAGCAGGAGUUUGAGUAGAGACAGAGAGCAAACACAAUACAAAAACAAUCAUUAUGACUAUUACAAUCGAAAUCGCGUUCGUAAUGAGCAACAGCUGGGAAAUAGAUAUUCGGAACGUCGCGGUAAUCAAAGUUACAACCCACAUCAAAAUGUUAUUUGUAAUUUUUGUAAAUUGAGAGGACACAUAAAACGUAACUGUUAUAAACUGAAGAACGGUAAAAGUGUGAAUUUUGUCGAGGACGCGCCUAUUGAAAUCAAUAGCUACGAUUUCAAACGGCUACAGAUAAAGGAUUCGGAGGAUGAAGACAAUGAUUACCCAUGCAUGAUGGUGGUAGGUAAUCGUUUUAGUAAGCCAUGCUUAGUGAAUGUGUUUGUUGAAGGUAUUCUGUUAAACAUGGAAAUAGAUUGUGGAGCUGCGGUAUCAAUCAUUAGUCUAGCUGUAUACAGGACGCAUUUUAAACACAUUGAAGCUUCAAAGUGCAGUAGUCGUUUAAUGGUAGUGGAUGGCCAACAGCUUUCAAUUUUUGGUAAAAUAUUUGUCAAUGUCGUAGCCAAUAAUAUUCAGCAUCAAGUGAAACUAAUAAUACUUGAUUGCUCAAGGCAUUUUGUCCCUUUGUUCGGAAGAAAUUGGCUGGACAUUUUUUAUCCCAGUUGGAGAAAAACUUUUGGAAAUUAUAUGGAGAUCAACGCGCUGAGUAAGGAUACUGGUAGGAAUUCGGAGCAAAAGCUAGACAUGGGUAAAAUUGAAUCAAAUAUAAAAUCACGUUUUCCUAAACUUUUUGACGGAGAUUUUUCAUUUCCAAUAACAGGAUUUGAAGCGGAUCUUGUUCUUAGAGAUGAUAGUCCCAUAUUUAGAAAAGCUUACGAUGUCCCAUUUAAACUGAGAGAAAAGGUGGUGGAGCACCUGGAUUCGCUUGAAAAACAGAAUAUCAUUUCUCCAAUACAGGUUAGUGAGUGGGCUUCCCCAAUUGUUAUUGUACCAAAAAAAGAUAAUGACAUACGAAUGGUAAUAGAUUGUAAGGUCUCUAUAAAUAAACAAAUAAUUCCCAACACAUAUCCGCUACCGUUAGCCCAAGACAUAUUUGCAUCCUUAGCCGGGUGCAAAUGGUUCUGUUGCCUAGAUUUAGCAGGGGCGUAUACUCAGCUCAAACUUUCUGUGCGAUCAAGGAAAUUCGUUGUAAUAAAUACUAUUAAAGGACUGUACACGUACAAUCGGUUGCCACAGGGUGCGUCAUCUAGCGCGGCCAUAUUCCAGAAAGUUAUGGACCAAAUUCUAAUAGGCCUGAAACAUGUUCGAUGCUAUCUGGAUGAUGUGCUGAUAGCAGGAGAGACUAUAGAAGAGUGUUUAUCAAAUUUACAUUUAGUGCUUGAACGAUUACAAAACGCAAAUUUAAAAGUAAAUUAUAAGAAGUGCAAAUUUUUUGUCAAUUCUCUCAAUUAUCUAGGACAUUUGGUCACCGAAGAGGGACUCCUUCCAUCUCCAGAGAAAUUAUCGACGAUUGAAAAAGCCAAAGUUCCAACAGAUACUACUGAACUCAAAGCAUUUUUAGGUUUAAUUAAUUUUUAUGGGAAAUUCGUGCCUCAUUUAUCAGCAAAAUUAAGUUGUCUUUACGCCCUAUUGCGUAAGGAUACGAAGUUUGUUUGGACAAUGGAAUGUCAGAAAACAUUUGAAGAAAGUAAACAUGCUUUGUUAACUGCUAAUUUUCUUGAAUUUUACGAUCCCGAUAAACCGAUCAUAGUAGUAUCUGAUGCUUGUGGCUAUGGGCUGGGAGGCGUAAUAGCUCAUGUUGUAGAUGGAAAAGAAAAACCAAUCAGUUUUGCAUCAUUUUCAUUAAAUUCCGCUCAAAAAACCUAUCCUAUAUUGCAUUUGGAAGCUUUGGCGCUUGUGUGUACAGUUAAAAAGUUUCAUAAAUUUUUAUUCGGUCAAAAGUUCACAAUCUAUACAGAUCACAAGCCACUUUUGGGAAUUUUUGGCAAAGAGGGUAAACAUCAGUUAUGUGUGACAAGAUUGCAAAGGUAUGUGAUGGAAAUGUCGAUUUAUGAAUUCACCAUAUGUUAUAGGCCUUCAGCUAUGAUGGGAAAUGCAGACUUUUGCUCACGAUUUCCUUUGAAUCAAAGUGUUCCAACAAAUCUGGACGAUGGCUGCAUCAAGAGUAUUAACUUUUUCAAUGAUUUCCCAUUGGAUUACACUUUAAUUGCAAAGGAAAGUAAGAUAGAUCUUCUUCUUUCAAAAAUAUUAGAAUUCAUUGAUAAUGGAUGGCCUAGAAAAAUUGAAAAAGACUGGCUACAAAUAUUUUCCAUACGGUGUGAUUUGGAAACAAUAGAAGGUUGUAUUUUGUAUCAAGACAGAGUAUUUAUACCGUAUUCCUUAAGGAAUAAGAUUUUGAGGCUACUGCAUUCAAAUCACAAUGGGAUUGUCCGGAUGAAGCAAACAGCUCGUCAAUUUGUAUUUUGGUUUAAUUUGAAUAAAGAUAUAGAACAAUUUGUGAAACAAUGCGAACCAUGCAUAAAAAUGUCACUAGUGCCAAAAUCGGUUUGUAAUUCAUCGUGGAUUCCAACAAAUCGUCCUUUCAGUCGCAUUCAUGCUGAUUUUUUCUUCCUUGAAUCUAAGACCUAUCUUUUAGUGGUAGAUAGUUACACUAAGUGGCUUGAAGUAGAAAUUAUGAAAUAUGGGACAGAUGCAAAAAGGGUUAUAAAGAAAUUCACUGUUAUUUUUGCGAGAUUCGGACUUCCGGACGUUCUUGUAACCGAUGGUGGACCGCCUUUUAAUUCUAGCCAAUUUGUUACCUUCAUGCAAAGGCAAGGAAUAAAAGUUUUAAAAAGCCCUCCUUAUAAUCCUAGUAGCAAUGGACAGGCCGAACGUAUGGUGAGGUUAGUGAAAGAGGUGCUAAAAAGAUUUCUUUUAGAUCCUUUGACGAAAUCUCUUGAUGAUGAUGAUAAAAUUACUUAUUUUUUAGCAAACUAUAGAAACACUUGUACAGCAUCUGACGAAAGAGUUCCAUCUGAAAAAUUACUGUGUUUCAAACCAAAGAGUCUAUUGGAUCUUUUACAUCCUAGACGAGGUUACAAAAAUUCUUUGGAUUUACCAAGGUUGUCUUCCCCGGAUUCAUCUAGGAAUAAAUUACACAACUGCAGCGCUCACCGAAAUCAGCUAAAGAUUGUGGGCCCUCAACAAUCUAAGUCGUCGAUACAAAUUCCUAUACAACGCGAAAAACGUCGAAGAGGCUCAUUGGACAACGAGAAAGAAUUCUUGGGAUUUCAAGAUGAACCAAUCGUAAAAGGGAAGGACUACAGUAGCAAACGAGUGAAACAUACUAGAACUAGCCCGAUAGCAACGCGAAGUUAUUCGCGCUCGAUAAGGAAGGAUGACCAAUCCAGUCAGAGCACCGGUAGCAAUGCAUGCAGCAUGGAGAUGCCAUUGAGUCCCGGGAUACACUAAGUGUUUAUGUGAAUUGAAUGUGAAGAAAAUUAGCCUAUCAGAGAAGUAACAUGUGAAACUAUUGAGAAUUCUGUUUAGUUGUUUAAGAAAAUAUGUAGCAUGAUCGAAAAGGCUAAAUAUCUAAUGAUUAAUUAAGUGAUUAUUAAAUUUUUAAGUUCAGUCAAGUUCAUGAAUUCGAAUAUAACAAAUUUGAUUGUAAUCAAACAAGGUCUGAUCUAAAGAAGGGAGGAUUGUGAUGUUCGGUGAAAUAGUCCGAACCCUUCGAGAGAAUUUGUACUCAAAGAGAGGUUUGAAAUACGUGAGAGCUUAAACGAUAUAUUGUAAUAUAAUGCUUGAGAAGAAUAAACGAAGACUUCGGUCUGUCUCUUAUAAUUUGAUCAGCAGACGAACCAGACGUGUUUUAAAAAACUUAUAAACUAAAGAAACCCAAAAGUCAUAUAUAUCAAUUAGUUCGUAGCAUACUCGAGUAUUAAGUACAAAUCUGGGCUCCGUAUCAUUCCGUUCCAUGCAUCGACUGUAGUUACAUCAUGGAGUAUUUUCGAUUUCAUGCACCGUCUCGUCAACUCAGAAAUCGCCAACUGCUAUGGAUCCGUGGCCACCGCACCCAACCCAUUACGAAUAAUCCAUUAGAUUAAUGCUGCAGACUAUUCAAUGAAGUAUGUUGUUUUUUCGACUUCAGUGUUAGUAAAUUAGUUUUAAAAAUAAAAUUAAGUCAAAUAACCAGUCUGUACCAUCUAUAAAUUAAAGACGGUGUUCAAAAAAAAUCAUAAACCAUAAAGUUGUCGAUUAUAUAGACUGUUACCCGUAUUCUAGUGUUUGUACGUACACGCUGUCGAACGAAAGUUGAUGCGCAUUCUUGUUUACAAUAGCAAAAUCAAAUAUGGAAAUAAUUUGAACGAUUUCUUUCAUUCGUCCGUAAACCAGGAUAUGGGUGAAUAUGUUGUUGUGCAGCACUCUGCACCAGAAGGCUUCGUUCUGUAUCACAAUGAGGCCGAUUAGGCAUCGUGAAAUAUCGUAGAAAAGGCGACUGGCCCCAGUUGCUGGGUCUUUCUCUCAUUUAACGGCAAGAACAGCUCGCUUGUCCCGUCGACAUAAACGCUUCACUUCAUCCUCCAGAACCGAAUAUCGUUGAUAGGCUGAAACUCUCAUUCCUCUGGUUUUCGAUCGCUAUACUGUGGCUUUGGCUUCUCUAUCUUCCAGGUUUUGUCGAUAAGCCAUUGCCCAUUUUUGUUAUUUUUUGUCAUAUAUUCGAAAUGGACAAAUUGAUAUUGAGAGCGAGACUCAAAUCCGCAACCCCCUACUUCUCUAGACAGCCGUGAUCUCGGGCGUGAUAACCCCG